GGGCUGCUGCAGACUGGCUCACACAGCACCUUCCACCCUGACACAAUGGCCAGGCUGGACGUCACAGAGAGCUUCCACCAGACCAACUUCCCAGGACACCUGCACACCCAGGAGUCUCUACGCUUCGCCCAGGAGUUUCAGUUCCACGAUUCUGACACCCUUAUUGUCACCUACCCAAAGUCAGGCACCACUUGGAUGCAGGAGAUCCUGACCCUGGUGUCCAGCAGAGGAGACCCAACUCUAGCAAAGACCAUACCGAAUUGGGCGCGGGCCCCCUGGCUGGAGCAGUAUUACUUUCGGGACAUUCUGAGGGCCUCACUGGGCCCCCGGCUCAUCACUACACACCUGCCCUAUGAAGUCCUGGCCUCAGCUCUCCAUGGCUCCAAGGCAAAGGUUAUUUAUGUUGCCCGAAACCCCAAAGAUGUUGCUGUAUCUUACUACCACUUCCAUAAAAUGGCUAAAUUCCUGCCUGACCCCAACACAUUCGAUGAGUUCCUGGACAAUUUUAUGGAGGGAACAGUACAUUAUGGAUCGUGGUUUGACCAUAUCAAGGGCUGGACCAAUCACGGAAAUGACCUCAACUUCUUCUACAUCACAUAUGAGGAGCUGUUGCGUAACCUGAGAGCUUCUCUGGAGAAGCUGUGUGGUUUCCUACAGUGUCCCCUGCUGCCGGAGGAGUUGACAAACAUCCAGAGACAUUGCACUUUCAACAGCAUGAAAGAGAACAACAUGGUGAACUACACUCUCAUAUCCAGCAAAAUCAUGGACCACAGCAACAGCCAGUUCAUGAGGAAGGGUAAAACUGGAGACUGGAAGGAACAUUUCAGCAGCAAACAGAACAAUCGUUUUGACGACGUUUUUGAGGAAGAGAUGCUUGAUUCCGAGCUGGAGUUUAUCUGGGAGUGAUUCCUCUAGUGUAACAGAGCAAGUCUUUCUUUCUCCCUGCCAAAGAACACAAAGGACUCAACAUACUGUCCUUGUUUAAAUGUGACUACAUGAAUAGGAUUUGUUAUGCUGAAGACCUAAAGUAAAGCCUACUAUCUUACUAUAGUAUAUGACAGUGAAUAUAUUAUAGUACAUUAGACUCCAGAUUAACUCCACAUUUCACGGUAACUGCACUGUGACUACUAUAAAUAAUCAUUCUGCUUUGAUAUGUGGUAAUAUGCACAUUGUUGCAGUUAAGCUGUAGACAAAUGGCACUGCUUCUAUACCUCACCUAACAAAUUGUAACAAAAAACUUAACAUAAGCUUUAUUGUAAACCACUAUUUUAUAGACAUUUUUGUGUUAAAUAAUAAUUGGUUUUGAGCCACUUUAAUAUUACUUUAUGUAUUUUCAUAUGUGAUGUUAUAUAAUGUUUUCUAUGGUUUUGUAUUUGCAUUUUAUUGUAUUAAUAUGCCUUGUUUGUCCUUUUUUCAGUAUUUUAUAUUUAGAAUAUGCAGCUUUAUUAUUUUUUUUAUCACAUCAAAAGCAGACAGAUAAUAAAUAAAAUGCCAAUUUAUAGCAACGUGUUCAAGGUCCAGGCACUUUCAAAAAACAGUUUAACAAAUACCUUUUAGAAAUAACAAUUAAAAAAAAAAUGAAAUGACAAACGUUUUGACUAGAAGUCU